UCUUUCGAAUAGACAAGAUUUUUAGCUGCCCUAUAUAGUGAAGGUCGUAACUUGUUUAGAUGCGGCACGCGGCGACACCUAGUAUAGGAACGAAUUCAUUCUUCAUUCUGUUGUUUGUCGUUUAGUUUGGAUGGUGGAUGAAUAGAGUUGGUUGUUUUGUUUUAACUGUGUAAUGUUUAGGUGCUAAUAAUGGAAGAAACAAAAAGAUUAUUGAUUGAGUGGGGCCUCGAAGAAAUCGUGGAAGAUUUUGUGGCCAAUGGAGUAACAUCUGAUAUGUUUGCUGAUAUUAACGAAGCAUUAAUGAAGGAACUAAUACCUAAAGUUGGGCCAAGAAUUAGGUUCAAGAGACAAAUAGAUAUAUUAAAGGCUGAAUUAGAUGUUCCGAAUGUCGCGGAUCCUUCAACCUCAAAGCAAAAUAUUGAUUUAACCGUGAAAGAUUUAGAAAAGCCCUUUUCACCAGAAAGCACUUCGUCUACUAUAACAAAUGCGACCACUUGGUCAUGCCUGUCAAGUGAUGGUGAUGUAGAAACAAGUAAAACUGAAACCGGAACAACACAAAGCAAGUUCUACAUUUUGAAUAUAGAUGCUACUCAUGAUGAAAAGCUUACCAAUACCAAUACCAAUACCUCGACUAAACCUAAAAUGGUCACUAGUGCACAAAUGAUAGACCUUUUUAACUCCACAAAUACAGGCAAAAGCGUUUUGGAAGUUUACAAACAUUCUACCUUUCAAAGGGCACACAGGCAAACUAUAGCGGACAUUAUCAUAAGAAACGAAUUAGAAGGACAGCCUGAUAAAAGGAUUAGUGGAAACAGAUUUAUGGAGUUAUCGGAAAUGAUAGUGCAGCUAUUUCCGACAGAGUAUAAGCAAAUAUACUUUUCGAAAGAAAAAAUUGAAAAAAAUAAAAAAAUCGAAACUGUGGCAAAAGGAAAAUUAGUGUCAAAGUUUUAUACUCUCAGAAGAUCUUUCAGGGACUGUGGCUUAUUACCCAAAGAUGGAAAACAAAAAUCAGACACCAAUUUACCUACAACUGAUGAUGAAAACACGCACGAAGACAUUAUUUUGUGGCUAAAAAACUCCACUGAACCAUGGACAACAGUAGAAGAGAAUUGGACUAAAACAUCUAAAAUAAGGGCAAAUGACCUACUCCACCCUGGAAAACUGGUCCAAUAUUUUGAAAGUUUUCCAUGCCUCCGUUCGGAAAAAGGAUAUUUAUUGGUGGAAAUUGAUUUUAAUAUCCUUUUCCCGGAUCAUGGAAUGAAUUUAUUCAAUUCUUGGGAAUCAAUUAGUAGUAAAAUUGUAGAACAUGCAAGUCGUGACAUAUUUUCUAAGGACAACGCAAUUAAAGAAUUACUAGACGAUUUAACAGCUGAUAUUUCUUCAGAUGCCAGGGCUAACAUUGUUAUGCUAUUACUGACCUAUAUUUUGCCAACAAUAAGUAUCCGAAAAGGAAAACCAGCAGGACGGUGGAGGCCUUCUCGCCUAGAAGUUGCUGAAGGAUUCUGGUUACGACUAAAGAAUAUAUCAGAACUAGCUCAAGCUGUUAAUAAUAAAGUAGAAAAAUUACAGAAACUUGGACUUUGCGUUCAACCAUUGGUAAUCGUCGUGGGGCCCUCAAAUACCGAGAUUCAAAGUGUAUAUGUUAGGAUAGAUCAACAUAUGUUUCCUAUGCCAUCUUGUCUAAAAGCCUUAGACAUAUGUUUUAAAAGUUUUCAUGCUCUGCAUGCAGAAUACGCCAGAGAAUCGGAACAGAUAUGGACUUUUAUUCAACAAGGAAUAUAUAAACUACAUACCAAAUGGGACAAAUCUUUCACUGGUGUUAAUUCAUUAUUGGCAGACUUAAAACUGUAAACGUUAGGUAUAUAUACCUAUCUUUUUAGAAAGUAAGGAUUUUUUUUGUUAUUUAGGAGUAUUAUUUUGCUUCUAGUGAUUCAGAGUUUUUUACUUUUAAGUUUUGAAUGAAUGUUUUAAUUUAUAUGUUAUUUAUUAUUAUUUUUAAAUACUUAAAGACUGAAUAUGCCAGUUUGUUAUUUAUGUUCGGAAGAUUUUGACUUGUAUACAGGUUUGUUUUUGCAUUUUAAAAUAGUCCAUAACCUAAGAACUGAUAGUACUUAUAGAUGUAGGGAAGGACUAUGUAGACGAGAUUUUCAAACUAUUAACUCUUUUAGAAAACAUUUGAAAAAUAAACAUGGGACAUGUCAAAAUGGGUGUAAUAUUUCCAUCUCCGACAACUAUAGUGACAAUACAAACGCAAAUUUUUUUAACCUUAGUUCUAGCAGUAAUAAUGCCACUAAUAAACGGCAUGAUAACUUCGAGGACUUUGAAAAUAUACUAAAUAAUUGUGUCUUACAAUUUAUAGCUAAGCUGUAUGAUAAUUCAGCUAUACCUAGAAAUGUUAUCCAAUUAAUUGUAGAAGAAACUUCUAAUUUAUUUAACAGUGACCUGAUAAUUUUUCUUAAAAAAUAUAUCAUUAAUGCAUUUGAAUCCUGUACCAAUUGUAAAGAAAAAGUGUCAACUGCAAAU